AACUUCAUCCGGUCUCGUGUACUUUAACCACUUUAACCAGACGGAGCUGUAAGGCACUGAAGGUUGUACGAGGGGCAAGAUGUUGUCAAGAUUAGCUUUUCGUAAUGCUCAAGCACUUUCUGUGGCCGUUCGAGGCAUUCAGACUUCGACACCAACAUCAUCAGAAUAUCAACGUCCAAAACGUUUAAUCGAACCAUCGCCAGUUAGGCAUGGAUUUAUUCCAGAUGAAUGGUUCACAUUCUUCUAUUCCAAAACUGGUGCAACAGGUCCAUAUGUAUUCCUAGCUACUCUGUCAACAUAUUUACUAUCUAAAGAGUAUUAUGUUCUGGAACACGAAUUCUACAAUGGACUUUCUGUUCUUAUGAUUGUCAUUAUUGGUGUAAAGAAGUUUGGUCCUGGUGUAGCAAAGUAUUUAGACAAAAAGGUUGAUGAGUAUGAAGCAAAUCUAAGUGAUGGAAGGGCAGCACAGUUGCAGGCACAUGAGGAUAACAUUAAGAACAUUGAAUGUGAGAAGUGGCGCCUUGAUGCACAAAAAAUGAUUUAUGAUAUUAGAAAGCAAAAUAUUUUAAUGCAGUUGGAAGCUACUUACAGAGAACGAUUAAACCAAGUGUACACUGAGGUGAAAAAACGGCUUGAUUACAAUUCUCAGUUAGAUAUGGUGGAACGUAGAAUUGCUCAAAAACACAUGGCACAGUGGAUCAUAAACAGUGUAUUGAAGUCUAUUACACCAGAACAAGAAAAAGCCAAUCUACAGCAAUGUAUAAAAAAUCUUGAAGCUCUUGCUGUAAAAGCAUAAGAGUCUACUAUUGAACUAGACGAAAUAGAUUAAACUUGACUAAGUUCAUUGUAAAAACACACGAGAAUACUGUACAACUCGUAGUGUACUCAAAAAUAUUGCAAAACAAUUAAUACUAAACUGAUCUUUAUCAGUGCAUUGUAUAUUAUAUAAUCAUAAUACAUUGAAAUAAAUAAAUUAAAU